AAAAAAUGGGCCACUUCAUCGCCACGCACGCGAACACCACUACCGAAGAAACAGCUCGCAUGUUCUUCCACCGAGUCGCUUACCUCCAUGGGAUCCCCAGGACUUUGGAUAAUGACAGAGAUCCGAAGUUUACUAGGAAGUUCUGGAAGGAACUCAUGCGACUUCUUGGAACCCGUCUGGCAAUGUCAUCCGCCUACCAUCCACAGACUGAUGGGCAGACAGAACCACUGAACCAGAUCGUGGAACAGUUGCUGAGGGUUGCUUGCAAGGACGAAACAAGCAAGUGGGACCAGCAGUUACCUCUAUUGGAAUUCUCCUACAAUAAUGCUACCCACUCUGCUACGAGACAGACACCGUUCUUCCUUUGCUACGGAUGGCAUCCCCUCACUCCACAGUUGCUUCUUGUUCCUGCUCAACCUCAUCAUGCAGCAGCAGCAGCAGCAAUAGUAGCAAUAGCAGACCCAGCACCAGCAGCAGCAGCAGUCGCAGCAGCAGGAGCAGCAGCAGUCGCAGCAGUAGGAGCAGCAGCGACAGCCGCGUAGGACCUCCUGCCUUGUUUAGCC